CUUGUCUUCAUUCUCACACGGAUGUGAAGAUGAGUAUCCAACCUGGAAACUGUACGGAGAUUCAAACAGAGUAAAACAACAGAUUGUGCCACUAACCUUGGGUAGUAGCGCAGUAAGAUGCCCAAAAGUGAGACCUGGUCAAGUGACCCUCGACUGGAGACGAUGAAUGGCAUGGAUAGUGCUGGCAGCUGUGACAGUGUUGUCAGUGCCAAUUCUCGGUUUAGCGAUGACAGUCUAGAGCACCUGUCUGCUGAAGAAAAAGCUUGUCUUAUGUUUUUGGAGGAGACUAUUGAGUCUUUGGAUACUGAGGAGGAUAGUGGACUUUCAAAUGAUGAACCUGACCAACUGCCUAGCUCUGGUAACUUGGCAACCAAACUGGCUGACCUGUCGGCCUCUAUGAGCAAAAGCAAACUCAAUAGCUCACAGGAACCUGCUUCUAAAGAACCCAUCAAGAAAAAUGUUGACAGUAAACCCAUGCAGAGCUACCUGGUACCUACCCCUCUUGUUGUAGCAAGCGGCUCUCUGCAUCCCAUUUCCAAACCAGUCACUCCUGCAGACAGAGCCAUCUUUUCUAAGUCUCAGUUGGUGCCCAAAAACAGCAAACCUGAACUCAAACAGAACCUGCAAUCUGAAGCUCCUGCUCUACCUUUAGAGGCUAAUGUUCCUUCCACAAAACCCAUGGACUCCUCAGUCAGGACAGCUGAGGGUCCUUUACCUAGAGGACCUCUAUCCUAUGAUGCAUUAGUUCAUUUGCGGAGAAAUGCUUCCACAAAGAAGACCCCUUUAUGUCCCACAGUUGAUCACACAAUAGAAUUGGCCAAGCACCGUUCUGCGCCAGUAGAAGGCCUGAACCUCACAAAUCUGCCAAGAUCUGACAAAUCCCACUCAGAGUUCCCCAAGUCUAAGACAAGCCCUCCAGCUGUGGCCCCUAAGCCUAAAAAGGUGCCCGCCUACAUACUUGUGAAAACCCAAAGUGAAGGACCCAUAACAACCGAUCUCUCAUGCAGUGCCAAACAUGCAGCAGAUCCACAGGCAGUGAGAAUGGAAGCUUUGCAGAAGCUUGGCCUCCUGAAAGAUGAAGAGACAGAGAAGGGCCCAUUGCCUCCUAAUAAAUCUGAUUCGUCUUUGGAUCCAGGGCCUCACAGUUCUACAAAAGGUCCGUCUCAUUGCAAUCCCUCAAAUAGUCCAUCAUUUUGUUCCUCUCAAGUACCCAAGAACAGGCUUCUGCAGAGCAGUGCCAAUUUCCAUCACCACUCCAGUCACGACCAGCAGCCUAUGCCAUCAUCACAUCAACCUGCUCAGUCUAGUGGGUUGAAGACAGCUGGUCUGGGGCGCUCUGCUAGCCUUGAAAGCUACACAAGCAGUGAAAACUGCCCUGAACUACAAGACAUCCCAGCAGCCAUGUCAGUGAAAACCACCUCUACAGCUGAGCAUGCACCCCACAAACCCUCAAACAUAGUAGGAUAUACUGUGAUGGUGGUGCCUGGGAUGGGAGCUGAUCGAAAAGAGGCUCUUCGAAAGCUAGGACUGCUCAAGGACUGAGCCUAGAAAACAACAAGAGUCUGCCUGAGUCAGUGAAGUGCUCAGAGGGAGUUAAAGGGUACCACCAGAUUAAAAAUAGUAACGCUAUAAAAAUGGAAAUAUGUCACGUGCUACUUUUGGAGAACCAAAGGGGAAGAAGAAAAUGAAGAAAAUACUUAAUUUAAAUGGCUUUUUUUUAGCACUUACAAUGAAGAUUAUACAGUAUUCACUCAGCCAAUUUAGGGAUGCUUUUUUUAAAUUCUAAUCCAUAUUACACUGAAUGCUCCAAUGGUAACUAAAAACAUGCCUUUGACAUUUCAGCCUACUAAAGUUUGACAUUUUUACUGCAAAUGGUCUGUCAAUGAAAUGUCAUCUUGUCAUAUUUGUUUGGGUGUGAUAGAAUGAAUAUCAUUUUGAUACACUAUCUAAUAAAGCACAACAGGGUACAAAAUUUGCCUAAUAGAGUGGAUGAGGCUGAGCCCAGAUCAGCUGAAUUUGUUUUAUUGUUUCAUAAU